AUGGCUGACUACCCACCUUCAGAACUGACAUCAGUUCUGCCCAACUUCGAAGACCACGCCACCCUCUUCCUUGUCCUUAUGAAACGUGUCGCCAGCGUUCAGGGUACUGGGAGGACUUCUCUCCUCCCAGGCAUCGCCAUGACAGGUACUCUGCUCGUUCCCCUUCCCAGGAACGUCACUCGCACCCAGUUCAUCAUCCCUCUCACACAGCCCAUACUUCUAAGCCCUGUAGUGCCCGGUCCCCAUCCCCUACUCCACGCGUCAGGGAAACUACUAGAAGCUGGCAUUGCGGGCCACAUGUCAGCUUCGCCAGCCCAGUCGGCCCCUUCUCAAUCUGUUGACCCUAAUGUUGACACAUUCCCUGCUCCUGUCAUAAGACUUACCCUCUCAGGCUCUGAACAGUAUGCCCUGGUAGACACUGGUUCUGGUCUAGUCCUCAUCGCUGAGGAGUGUUGUAAAGCUAUCCCUGCUCUGGCCUCUCAACCCAUCAUAAAAAUCUCCUGUAAAUAUACAACAGCUGAUUCCUCCAGAGUCAGAAAGAGAGAGUGGUAUCAGUUCCAGAACUCUGAUGGAGAAGAACGAGUCCUGAGUAAAGAUCCUGAAUACUCAGCACGAGUUUCUGUAAGAACAGAGCAGAAUGACUGUGAUCUGACAGUGAGGGAUGUGAGAGUGAGAGACUCUGGAGUUUAUAACUUCAGAUUCAGAACAUCAAGCAGUGACUGGAUAUCAGCUUCAUCUGGAGUUAAUCUGACUGUUACAGAGUUGCAGGUGAAGGUGGAUCGUGAGACUGCAGGAGAGAGAAAGGUGAAAGUGAUCUGUAGCUCCACCUGCAGCCUUGAUGCAAAUCUUAACUAUGACUGGUACAGAAAUGAAGUAUACAAGGCCUAUACAGAUGAUGCCUUUAUUGUGCUGGACUCCACCAGGUCAUCUGAUGAGGGCAGCUACUCCUGUCAGGUAGAAGACAGCAGUGGUAAACGGCACCGCUCUCCUUCAGUGUGUGUUCUGGGUAAAGAGUGUUGGGGUGUGACUUACACUCCUGAACGUGUGUGUGCUCUGAAAGGAUCAUCAGUUGAUCUCUCCUGCUCUUAUUACCCUGGAGGACAAACAGUGACUAAAUCAGUGUGGUUCAUUAAAGAACAGGCUGGUACUGAGCCUGUGGAUGUGAGAGAGGAUGAGGAGUAUCAGGGACGAGUGCAGUACAGACAGAGCUCCCAGAAUGACUGUAGUAUCAGAAUCAAUCAACUGAGAAAGAGAGAUGCUCAAACAUAUAUAUUCAGAUUCUACACUGAUGGAGGUGAAUACACUGGACAGCCUGGCGUAACUCUAUUUGUCACAGGUAGAGCUGCAUAAAGUAAAAUAGGUUUCGUUAACUGUGAGAAUAUUCUAUUGAUGAAAUUAACAAUAACAGCAAAAAAAAUAACAGCACAUAUUUAAAAUUAGUUCUGAAGGUUACAGUGUCAGACACAGACAGUGGAGGAAAGAAACUGAUGUGUAGCAGCACCUGCACUCUGCCAGACAACCUCACUUACAUCUGGUACAAGAACGGACAACUUGUGAUUCACUGCAAAUCUGCUUCCUGCUCUGUAGCUGU